AUGCGACAUCAUCCUCACCCUCACCCAAUGAAGCCGCUCAUGAACAGGGCCAGGAGGAAGCCCCGCCGAGUGCCACUCGUCUUGCGAUUCAUCAAGGGCUCAAUUCACGCCGAUAUCUUGGUGCCAGUAAUCCUUCAUGCCAUGUUCGCGGCAUUGAUUGUAUAUGUUGAUGAUUUUACACCUUACACGCCACACCUUCCUGGCAGCAUCACAUCUUCUCUGUCUAUCGUUGUGGGCUUGCUGCUUGUGUUCCGCAACCAAAGCUCGUAUUCUCGAUUCUGGAGUGGCCAGCAAGAACUCACAACCAUCUGUACGAACAUCCGAAAUCUGACCCGGUCCUUCUUGACCUGCAACUACAAUUCCAAAGGACCCGAGCCCACGCCAGCCGAGCGGGCAGAAACCGAAGCCGCUGUGCAUGCUUUACUAGCAAUCAUCUAUGCGGUGAAGAACACGCUUCGAUGGGAGUGGGAACACAGUAUAGGAGCACCUGACCUCGAAGAUAGCGGCUCUGGAUCUUUGAAGCCGGAGCUGAGAGAACUCCUUGGUCCAAGGAUGUCUCAGACCUAUGAGUUUGAGGGUCUUGGCCUCCCCAUUCAACUCACCAUGUCCAUUGAAGCAUACAUCAAACGCGCCCACGAUAGAGGAUGGUUCCACAGCCCGCAGGCGUCACAGCUGUCUGUGCAGCUCAAUACUCUCGUAGCAGCGUUCGGAGCCAUGGAGACAAUCCGCUUGACGCCAAUUCCAGUUGCCUAUCUCAUCCACACUAGACAGGUAUUGGCACUUUAUGGAGGCGUGCUGCCAUUUGCUUUCGUCGAAAGUCUGCAGUGGUGGACUGUCGUGUUAGUGUCCCUCAUCACCUUCACCCUGUAUGGCAUAGAAGCCAUUGCGUACCAGUUGGAAGAGCCGUUCGGUUGGGACAAGGCUGACAUCAAGAUGGAUGAUAUCAUUGAGGACUUGAGAAUAGAGACUGGCGUUCUUCUGAGAGAGUGGAACGCGGAUGCUCCGAUGUUUGGGCACCAGUAG